CUUUAAUCUAAUUUUAUCAACUAUGGCUCCUUCCAUAGAGGAGAUUUUAGGAGAUAAGUACAGCGACCACGUCUAUCCGUGGGAAGAGAUUGUCCAUUAUGUUAGUAUCAACCAAGUUAGUCAACUUCGCAGAAAUAGAAAGGCAGAGAUAAUCUAUAGAAAAUGGAUAACUGAGACGCUUGAAAAAUAUGGAAACAUCGAAAAUUUUUUACUUAAAGAAAAGCUUCAUUUUCCUGAUACAGAACCAUCUUAUUUGGUUCUUCCUAAUGAUUUUCCUUACUCGACAGAACCUGGUAUUGAACACGUCUUGAUUUGGUCUAAACAACCCUUAUCAGCCGAGUUCAUUGAAAAUGUGCUAGAAGAAAGGUAUGGUAGCUCCGUCUGGGAGUGGAUUUAUUUUGUCAAUCCCCCCGAGUAUCAGAGCGUUCGCCGUUUGCCUCACGCCCAUGUUUUCAUGCGAAGACGUCAAAAAUAAAAUAAAAUUUGGGAGCCAGACACUUCCUCUCUCCACUUACUUUCUUCAUUUUAAUACUCAUGAGUUUUCUUUGGUCAUUUGGAAGUAAAAAGGAAGUAGAAAAGGAUACUCUACCAUCCCAACAACAACAACAACAACAAC